AUGUUCAAGUAUGGUGUUCAUCUGACCGAGGAACAGGAUGUUGUCCUCGGAAAGUGGCAAGUACCUGACGAGAUCGACUUCGACUUGCUAUCCAAUCUGAUCGAUUAUUUCCACGAAGGAAACUAUGGCUGGAUAUUCUCUCGUGACGACAUUCAGCAGAAUAUUGAGCUGUGGAAACUUGCAAACUUUCUCGAGGUCGAGAGUGUCAUGCACAUCAUCGAGCUGAACCUCACCACAAGGAUCGGCAGCAUGAAGCAGAAGUAUCGCGCUGCCAAGCCCGAUAUGCUGACCCGGGUGUUCUCCGACCCAAAGUGCGGCAACUCGACUAUGGGCUUCAUCUUCGCCGAGGCAGCUCUGGCCGUGUGGUCCACCACCGGCAAGGCUGAUCAUCUGCGAUCGCUGGAUCGUGCGCGCGACGAGUUCCCUGUCUUGAGACGGCACAUGGAUUUCUGGUCGGAACUCUACCUCAGAUACUACCACUCUGGCUCGACCUAUUCCAUCAUCGCCAAGAGCGAGACGUGGCCCGACGAGGCCAUCAAGUACUGCCAGCCGCUUCGCAGACACAUGAUCUUGAGCCGUCUUGGGAUCGCUGGUUCGGACUCGCCUUUCCUGUCACAGUUGAGCGGUGAUUAUUUUCCUUCUCCUGCCUUUGAUUCACACCUCUAA